UUGGAGGGGAAUUCAAUUUGCAAUUGGUCUAAUCCAAAAUUUACGACCGUGGGUCCCAUCACCGAGCCGCCACGUCGACAAACAGACUAUAAAAACGUGUAAGCGCAUCGGAUUGUUGUCUGCUAGUUUUCGAGCUCUAAUUUGUAAUCUCGCAGUUUUCAAUUCGCAUUUGAGAGAGAGAGAGGAUUUGGAAUCAAGGAUUGAGGGAAAUGGGGAUUCCGUCAGAGUUGAGGGAUUUGUAUGCAAACCGCAAGAGUCCUCUGCUGAUCCAAUCUCCAGCGGAAGAUGAGAAGAUUCGUCGUUCAAGGCAGUGCACUCAAGAAGGUGUGCGUGCAGGAGCCAAAGCUGCUGCAGUUGCCUGUGUCGCCAGCGCCGUGCCCACUUUGAUAGCUGUUCGAAAGAUUCCUUGGGCGAAGGCGAAUCUCAACUAUACUGCGCAGGCACUCAUUGUAUCUGCUGCAUCAAUAGCUGCAUAUUUCAUCACGGCAGACAAGACUAUCUUGGAGUGCGCGAGGAGAAAUACACACUACAAACCCUCAUAAGAAAAAUGGAAUUGGGGAUGUCUUAGCUUAAUUUGUGCUCACCUCUUUGUACUACUCAUGGUGUCGUGUUUAUAUGCUGCUUUCCCAAUUUUCACAAAAAAUGUUAACAUGAAUCUUUUCAAUACUUAACAUUUGCUCAUUGGUAAGAGCCUAAGAGUAGUUCCUAGAGAAGGCCUAUUGGUGCAUCUCCACAUCAUUGAGGCCCAGCUUGAAUGGUUAAGUUGAGGCAUCAAAGUCUCUCUUUUGCAAGAGGUUAUUGGUUCAAGUUCCGCUAAUGUCGUGUGGGUUGUGUUUUUGUUUAUUUGGUUUGAUUGUGAUCUAGUUUGUACUAGUUUGACAUUGUAAUAUAUUUCAGUUUCAUUAUCUUUUGAUUUUUAAAA